UAUUUUUUCAGUUAGCCAAGGAAUUACAAAAUAAUGGGUAAAUUCUACAUAUGCUACCCAUUCGUUAACAUUAAAAACCACUGCAUAGGAAAAUACAGUAAAAUAUACCCCCGAAUCUUAAGUCCGGUGCUCCAACAUUGCGCAUGCGUCAAACCGCGUUUUUGAAUGAGCGGGACAGGAAACUCUGCAUCCUUUACCAACGAACCGUGAGCUGAAGGUAAGCUAUUUGUGAAUAAUACCGCGAAGGCAAAUUGUAAUAUUUGAAAUGAUGAGAUAUUACACUUCACUUAUAUUCGAUGUGCAUCUGUGUAACAUGCCAUUACAUGAAAUCAAAGUUUGAAUCUGUCCCUGGCGCCACCAUGGCUGUUAACUGUCUGGACAACUGCAGUCGUCAUGGAAACAGGACGCUCAUCCAGCGUGCUGGAUGUGGACCAGAGUGGAAACAAACAUGUUGUAAAAUGAAAACAAACUGAGGAAGCACACACCAAACAGCAAUGGCAGUCCAGUUAAGAGUAAUUUUACAAGAACACAGAAUUAAGAAGUUGACACUUCCAACAGGAAUUCCCAAUACAGUAGACAAUCUUGUUUCCAUAAUUACUAAAACUUUCCAAUUGCAUGGGGAAUAUGGACUACUAUACCAAGACAAAGACUUUGACAAUCAGUUUUUCAGUGUCACCUCAACUGCUGAUUUGUAUGACAAGGCCACUGUUAAAAUGAUCCUAAAAGAGCCUAACAUCACCCUUGACCUACACCCAGUAUUUGAAUCAGGACCAUCAUCUACAUUGAGCUCUUUGAGUUCUGUGAGCACCCAUCCUGCAAGUACUCCUGAAACAAACAUCUGCCCUGAAGAUCAUGAUGCAUCCUCACAGGUGUCCGACUCCACAUCGUCAGGUUCCAGCGACACAAUUAUUCUGCCUGAUUCAUGUCGCCUUGCUGCAUGGCCAGUGCCAUUUCAAGUACCUGAGUUUUCCAGAGACAUACAACUAAUCCUUGCAGAGGCAAACAACUCAUAUCAUGCCACUGGAAGACACUUCAUGGAUGCCAGAGUUAAAUCAGCAAUAAUGCAAGAAAUGUUUAAAGAAAGGUGGCCAGCAUUAUUCAUUGAAGCUCAGAUCAAGGAAGAGUUCAGACGUAUCACGACAGUUUCUUUGGAGGAGACAUUCAUGCUAAAGCUUGAUGAGUACACACCAGGUCUUAUGCAGCUUAUGCAUGCUAAAGGAGGGGCUGCUGGUUCCAAGAUGCACCCUCUGUUGGACACUUUAAAUGACACACAGAGCAUUGAGGAAAAAAGGGAUGCAGUUGUCUGCUGCCUCAUUAACUACUUUGGUGAAAGACAAGAAGAUCUUUUCCAUGACUGCCAGGAAUGUGAGGACUACACAGACAAAACAAUGAAGGUGAUCGUGAUGCACAACAUCAUGGCUGAGGAGGAUCCAUCAGAUGUGUCGAUUGUGAUUGAGGGAAACCAAGUGAUGGAAGGAUGUGGAAGGCGAACAAAGGCAUGUGUACUGCUGAUGGGACUGAUAUAUGCCCUCAACCUUGACUAUCCAAAGCAGCUCAAGAACACAGUUGAAGCUUUUCAAAAACUCUUUUUGGAACUUGAUGGGGAAAAACUACUGAAGAAGGACCACAGCCUCAAAAACAAGCUCAUGCAAUAGACAUACAUUUCCCCUCUUGUUUCAAGAGGAACUUUUUUCUGGACAGAGAGUUUUAAUGGAGUCUAGUUUUAUAUUUUUGUUCUCUUCCCUCCUCUGCUCCACACACAGACACAGAAAUAUAUGUACAGAUGGAUACACAAGUAUGUUGCAGCCUCUCUCAGCCCACUCCAUUGUUCUCUGAUUUCUCCACAUUGACAGAAAUGGAAAAGCAAUAGAAACUGGCCAGUCUGGUCAAUACCACUGAAUCCUGAAGAAUUUUGAACUCACCCUCUUUCCCUCCCCAUUUGUUUUUUUCUUUUAUUCUCAUCCUGUCUCUGAGAGUGAGAGCAAGCGCAGAAACUAAAGCAUGUUGGUUUUCUGAUCUGUCUUUAUCCAGAUGUUUGAUACUGUACACACAGAAACAAUCUUGUAGAGUUUGUGUGUGGGUUUUGUGGCUUUUAAAAUAGAGUAAGGGGCCUCUGAAAGUGUUGCUUGCAUUGACCAAUUACUCAGAAAGAACAUUUGAAGCCUUUAGCUUAGUGAGUUAUAAAACGGGUUUAUUCAUUGAAAUGUUGUGUGAAGGUGUGUACUGCACUUUAUUCAUUUUUGGAUAAUUUAGUGUAUUAUUGCUGCAUAUAAACAAGGCAGUUCAGUUAUUUGUUGUGUAUAA